AUGGUAGAACGGUCCGGUCAAACACCAAAGCGGGUGAAGCAGCUGCGUGCUAAGUGCAGACAAACGCCCCACCCAGGCGCCACCUUCCAGCCACCCUCCUUCCCCUCCACUCCCCCCUCCUUUUCCUCUCCCCUCCCUCUCCUGCCCCUUCCUCACUGCACAAAAGACCUGGAUUCGUUGUCAGGGGAAGGGGAAGAAAGAGGAGGAGGGGGGAGGGCUGAGAGGAGGGCGGCGGCAGAGGGGAAGAGGCCGAGGCUCUGGGCGACCGAAAAGGCGAUGUGGCGGGCAGAAGGAUGGGAGAGGAGCGAGGAAAGUGAGGAGGGAUGGCAGUAG